AUGCGCGAGUUUAUGGACUAUGUCCACGGCGCCUUUUACGAGGCCACGGGCUGGUCCCGCGACAACUCGUACGCGGCGCUGAAUUCCACCAGUGAUGCCUUGUUACAGUUUCCGACACCGCGUGGCCUGCGCCUGACGCUGUCCGCGCUCGCGAGCCCCAACUUUGCCACGUCCUACCAGCUCGGCUCCGUCGGCGUCGUCGACGGCUCCAUCUCGUACCUCUUCUCGUCGGUGCCGCUGCGCGUGCUCCUCACUCCGCAGUCGGAAAAGGUGGCGCUGCCCACGCUCUUGCGCUCCUACCGACCGCUGACGCCGCUGACCUCCGCCGCCGCCGCGCCACAGACGGUGCUACCGUCGCUCCCGACAGCCGCCGACUCGCACGCAUCGCUGCUGUACGGGCGAUUAUACCUGCCGCAGUCGCAGCUCGAGGCGCUCGUGGUCAAGCGGCUCUCGCGGCACCUGCAGGUGCAGUUUAGCGCCGUGUCGGGCCAGCACCUGCGCAACGGCGGGACGACGCUCGGCCUCGCGCAGUACGACGUGGGGACGUAUGCGCUCGAGGGGCUCGCCUCGUCUGAUGGCGGCCUGCUGGGUCUGCGAGGCAUAUAUAACUUUGGCGGCGAUGCGGCAGAGCCAAUGGCGACGAAGACGACGACUGCCCCGGAUGCGGCAACCAGCGGUGGCGGCGAGCAGCUGCUGCCCACAAUGACGGCAGCGACGAAGACGACGACCACGACGCCGCCGCCCAAUGGCGAAAAGGAACGCAUCUACGGGCGCUUCAGCACCGGCGCGGAGAUUUACUACGGGACGCUCAACAAGUCGGGCGGCAUCAGCCUCGCGGGGCGCUUCGCGACACUGCCAUCGCACAAGGGCACGCCGCUAGCGGCGACGCUGACGCUCAACCCGCUCAUGGGCAGCGUCGGUGCGAGUUACGCCGUCGUCGCCGGGCGCCACUGCACCCUGGCGACGCGCAUGGAUUUCAACAUCUUUAGCUACGAGAGCGUCUGGUCCAUUGGCAUGGAGCUGUGGCGCAAGCCGUCAACACGGCCAUUGUCGCCGCCGCCGUCGUUAUCAUUAGUAGCAGACGGGUUGUCGGUAUCGCCACCGCCGGAAACUCGGCGGCCGCACGCAGGACGCAGCUUCCAGGCCAAGAUGGAGUGGCGCCUAGACCGGCCCUUGGAAGACGGGGGACGAGAUCUGCUCACCGCUGAGCUGGCCGGGGAGAACAGGAAUGCGUUGGCGUCGUCGGCGACGGCGUCGGGGGAGCUGCAGGCACGGGCGCAAAGCCAAGAGCCCGAGAGACUUGAUGGUGCUGCGGAGCAUCAACCAGGGUGGCAGGCGCAUGACGAGUACACGGGGGUGCUCAAGGCUCGCUUCGACCAGAACCUGCGCAUAGGGCUGUUGUGGGAGGGUCGCGUGAAGUCGCUGCUGUUCAGCCUUGGCAGUGACAUUGAUCUUCGACACAUGGAUAAGCCGUUCCGCACGCUGGGCUUGGAAAUCCAAUUCUCCUCUUGA